CGAAUAAAACAUUGCCACAGCCGGUAACCAAAUUCCUCUUUUCGGAGCGACGACGGGGACGACGAUCAGAGAGGACGAUGGCGCCACCAGCGAUUUGCUGGUUUGCGACCGCUAUACUCUUAGUUUGUUUUCUUAUCUCUCCAUCGUCGGCCAUUUACUGCGACGAGGACGACUGUUACGAUUUGUUAGGUGUUUCUCAGAGCGCCAAUGCAUCGGAGAUCAAGAAAGCUUACUACAAGCUCUCCUUGAAGUAUCAUCCGGAUAAAAAUCCUGAUGAUCCGGACUCGAAAAAGCUAUUUGUUAAGAUCGCUAAUGCUUACGAGAUCCUAAAGGAUGAAGCAACUAGAGAGCAGUAUGAUUAUGCAAUUGCACAUCCAGAGGAGGUAUUUUACAAUGCGGCACGCUACUAUCAGACAUAUUAUGGGCACAAGACGGAUGCUCGUGCUGUCAUGGUGGGCCUCCUUUUGGUUCUCUCAGCAUUUCAAUAUCUCAACCAGUGGACAAGGUAUAAUCAGGCUGUCAGUAUGGUUAGGAAGACGCCAGCUUACAAGAAUAAACUGCGAGCACUGGAACUUGAACGGGGCGGAGGGAUGACAAACAAGAAGAAGGCUUUAAAACAGAUGGACAAGAAUACGGAGGAGGAGCUCAGCAAAGAACUUGAUCUGCAGAUAAAGGGGGCUGAAAAACCCUCCUUGUGGGAACUUCUCGCUGUCCAGUUUAUACUUCUUCCUUACACUAUUGGCAAGCUAUUAUUGUGGAGUAUUUGUUGGUUCUGGAGAUACAGGGUGAAAAGAGCUCCAUAUAGUUGGGAUGAUGCCUGCUACAUGACACAAAGAUGCCUCAGAAUUCCACUUGAUGCUUGGAGAAAUAUUGAUGGAUCAACAAGAGAUGAUCUUAUUCAAAGACGAUUAUGGGAGAAACCAAACAUGGAGAAGUACAUGGUUGAAAUGAGGAAAGAAUCAAAGCGCAGGAGAUGAGAAUUUAUUUAAAUGAGAGGCGGAAGCAUGCUCUUCUUCUUGCUUUCUACAUUCUCUUUUCUUUUAAAUUUUUUCUUUGAUAAAUUAUUUUUGGUGAAUUAAAGUAGACAAAUUAAACUAGUAUUUCCAUUUUGUGCUUCCACAAUUUAAUUAUUUAGUAUCAUGCAGUUGUGAAGUUUUUACA